AUUCUUGCCUUAACCUUAGUUUUGGGUUUUAUGUGUUUUGGUCAUAUUGUAAAUUUCAAUACAGUGGAUUCCUAAUAAAAAACUUAAAUUGAGGUGAUUAAAUUAUAGCUAUGAAGCGAUAAAUCGAUAUGACUCAAUUUACUUCCCCCGUUAUUGAAAAAAGUAACGGCUCUGAAGUACAAGAAUUUGAUUGUGAAGAAGCACUCUCAGCUUCAGGAUGUGGAAGAUUCAACGCAUACGUAGUUGUAAUUGCCAUAUUUACUGGACUCAUAUGUGUGUUCGAAGGGAGAGUGAUGCCAUACGUUGUUCCUGCUGCAGAAUGUGAUCUUGGUCUAGGAAUUAAAGAAAAGGCUGUUUUAAAUGCAGUUCCUUCAGCAGGAAUGAUGUUGACUUCAUUUUUAUGGGGAUCUCUGGGAGAUAGCUUUGGUAGAAGAAAAUUAGUUAUUGUUAUGUGUAUUAUGGACUUUUGUUUCAUGUUAGUUGCAGCGUCAUCUCAGUCUUUUGCAGUGCUGUUAACGUUUCGACUUCUAGGUGGUAUGGCAUCCAGUGGUAUUUAUCCAAGUUUAGCAUCCUACCUGACAGAAGUACACGUAGUAAAACAUAGAGCUGUGGUGCAGUUAUUGUUGGGAAGUGUUUAUGGACUUGGAGAUAUUUUGUUGCCUCUAUUUGCUCUCCUAAUUUUAACAAACCGUGACACUAUAUUAUUGUAUGAUGCCGUUGUAUUUCAUUCGUGGAACUUUUACUUGUUGUUAUGCUGUAUUCCCCCAUUAAUAGGAGGCAUUGGAUUUAUGUGGCUUCCAGAAAGUCCAAAAUACCUGGUGAGCAAGAAAGAACACGACAGGGCUCUUAAGUCAUUUCAGUCUAUUUAUACAAUUAACACCAAAAACCCAGUCACCGAUUAUCCAAUUAAAGAUUUAAAAUAUUUAUCAUGUCUUGGUGAUAAAAAUGACGUACAGAAAACUACUGUACCCAAGAAUAGAUUUCAGUUUUCUCCAAUUUUACAAAAGAAACAUUAUAAAAAUAUAAUAAUCUCUGUUUCCGCUCAGUUUCUUAUAUUUUUAUGUUUAAACUCAGUUAUGCUUUGGUUGCCACAAAUCCUUCAAGAAAUGAGUAUUCAUCAACAACAUCACAACAACACUGCCACAGUAUGUGAAACACUAUAUGAUCUACGAGAUCUGACUGGAGUUGGUGAAAUAUGUCAAAGUGACUUGAGUAAAAAUACAAAAAUAUACAUAUUUUGCAUGAUUGUUGCCUCCAGUACAAUUCUAGUUUUUGCUGUAUCUGGAUUUGUUGUAAAUCGUAUCGGCAAGAAGACACUUUUAUAUUUCCUUGGAAUAACAUCAGCAAUUGCAUCAUUUUUAUUAAUAUAUGCUCAGGAUUUCUUCAUGACAUUGGUAUUAUCAUCAAUAAUAUGUUCUUUUGGCAACAUUGCUUUUAAUGCUUUAGUAGCUAUUGUGGUGGACUUAUUUCCAACUAAUUUAAGGGCAACAUCUGUAUCUUUAUUAAUGACGACCGGUCGACUUGGAGGAUCAUUGGGGGCGUUUGUUUUUCCCGUGUUACUUACUUAUGGCUGUGAACCUUCACUUCUAUUUAUUUCAUAUUGCAGCUUAAUAUGGGUUUUUCUUGUAUAUUUAUUACCAAAUCAGGAUGCAGUAUCUUAAAACUGAUCGACCAACUUAUUCCAUUAAGCAAUGAUGAUGGAGCUUAUUUAAGGAUGUCCUUUAAGUCGAGUGAGAAAUACAAAUAAUGUAAUAUAUAGUUAGUAUCAAGGCAAUAAAAUUGUAAUACAAAAUUA